AUGAAAAAACUUUUACUUACAGUUUCUCUAUUAGCCGUCAUAGCUAAUGCUGCACCAGUCAACUCGCUAAUAGAUAAUUAAAGAGCAUAACUUAAAUGGAGAUAGGAAGCAACAAACAAAUUCAACUGGAAAAAAACUCAGGAACUCAAAUGGGAAGUAGUCAAUGCUUUUAUUGAUGUUUAAACUUCCCCUGAUGGAGAUGUAUACGCUAUUCAAAAACUUGAAUAAGAAUUAAAUGAUCCUAAAUACUAUGUUUACUUGUACAAUGCUAUAUCAAAUACAUGGCAAAUAUACGAUAAAGAUUUCCAAGCUAAAGCUGUGAGAUUUAAUCUCUUGGGAAGAAUGUACUUCUUAGACACAAAAAAUUGUGUCCUAAAUGAAAAACGAUAAAGACAAGCUUGCGGCUUCAAAGACUUUGAAAUAUACGCUGAUGGAAAAAUCAUCGCUAUCCAUGAUGGAGUUUCAAACAUUCCAGUUGAUACCCUUGCAACUCCAUAUCAAGAAGAUCCCAACUCUAAUGCUUAAUUCAAGGCCUUAAACAGCAAAUAUAUUGGUUUAACUUUGCUCUAAAAUCAGUUGAUACUUAUCAAUUGGGAUAAUACAAUUGAUGCUAACUACGGAUCAGAGAAAAUGGUUAGUAUAAGUGCUGGUGUCGAUGGUGCACUUUGGGGACUUCUUUAUGAGUCUAAUGUCAAACAAUAUCAAAUCGCUAAAUGGCAGACUAUUACUUAAAAAUGGUAUAAGAUUGAAGGCCAGAAGGGUGUUGCUCUUUCAGCUUACAAUGAAAUCUCAGUUGCUGUUGUUGAUGAGAGAGGUCUCCUUAGUCUCUCAUCUUAAAACUAACUUUAGUAAUAAGCUGUUUACAUUUGA